UCUAGGCAUCUGGCGAGAUUCUGGAGUUCUCUAGAACUUGUUUCGUUGUUGUAUAAAUACAAGUCUGUGUGAAAUGACAGUCAGUUGUUAUUUGUGCUUCUAAAGUGUUAUAUCCUGAGUGUGAGCUUUAGUAUCUCGAACUGCUUGUAUCUGAUACGUAUUUGUUGAAAGUAAAAUGGCUCUGUUUCCAUCGCUUCUACGACGCAACUGGUGGGAUGCUUGGGAUUACCCUUCCAGCAUUCUAGACCAACACUUUGGCAUGGGUUUGUUGGAUUCGGACUUGUACCCUCCAUCUCUAAUUAGCGGAUAUAUACUUCGCCCUCGUACUCAAGCAGCUAUGCAAGCGUCUGGCCAGUCCGAAGUAAAAAACGAUGCGGAUAAAUUCAAAGUUAUGCUGAACGUGAACCAUUUCAAGCCGAACGAAGUCGAUGUGAAAGUUGUGGAUAAUUUCGUCGUCAUCCAUGGUAAGCAUGAAGAAAAGAGCGACGAGCACGGGUUCAUCCAGCGGGAAUUCACGCGACGAUAUAUGCUACCCGAAGGUGCGGUACCUGAAGCUGUGAAGUCUUCCCUCAGCCCCAACGGCAUCCUGACCGUCGAAGCUCCGAAAAAGGCGAAGGAAAUUGCCCCACCGAAUGAGCGUGUUAUUCCUAUCACCAUGACGAAGGCUGAUGCAGUGGAAGACAAAAAGUAACUUUAAACGUGCACUUUCAUUUAAAGACUGGUUCUUUUUCAUCCUAAAUUUGGACUUCUGAAGUUAAAUGUUGAUAUUAAAGGGACACCUUCAUCAUGAGUUACCUCAACUGUAUUUGUAUUUCUGCAUUGAUUGUAAGUGUACAAAUUGUGGAUAAUAAAGUAAGUUGUGUUUUCUGAA